CGGGAGUCCCGCAGCACCCUCUGCCGCCGCCGCAGCCAUCCGUGCGUCCUUCCGUUUCUGAGGACCCGGGCUCCGAGUUCCAGCGCCUCGAGCACCGCCGCAGCUAGCCAGCCAGCAUGUCGGGUAUCAAGAAGCAGAAGACGGAGAGCCAGAAGAAAUCCACUAAUGUAGUCUAUCAGGCCCACCACGUGAGCAGGAAUAAGAGAGGGCAGGUGGUUGGAAAAAGGGGCGGAUUCCGAGGAUGUACUGUAUGGCUAACAGGUCUCUCCGGUGCGGGAAAAACAACAAUAAGUUUUGCUCUGGAAGAGUACCUCGUCUCUCAUGCCAUCCCUUGUUACUCCCUGGAUGGGGACAAUGUCCGUCAAGGCCUGAACAAAAACCUCGGAUUCUCUCCUGGGGACAGAGAAGAAAAUAUCCGCCGGAUUGCCGAGGUGGCCAAGCUGUUUGCUGACGCUGGUCUGAUCUGCAUCACCAGCUUCAUCUCUCCUUUCACAAAGGAUCGUGAGAAUGCCCGAAAAAUCCACGAAUCAGCAGGACUGCCAUUCUUUGAAAUAUUUGUAGAUGCGCCUCUAAACAUUUGCGAAAGCAGAGACGUGAAAGGCCUCUACAAACGGGCCCGAGCUGGGGAGAUUAAAGGGUUUACUGGUAUUGAUUCUGAUUAUGAGAAACCUGAAACUCCAGAGUGUGUGCUUAAAACCAGUGUGUCCUCAGUGAGUGACUGUAUCCAGCAAGUGGUGGAACUUCUGCAGGAGCAGAACAUUGUACCGCACACUACAAUCAAAGGCAUCCAUGAACUCUUUGUGCCGGAAAACAAACUUGACCAAGUUCGAGCUGAGGCUGAGACUCUCCCUUCAUUAUCAAUUACUAAGGUGGAUCUCCAGUGGGUCCAAGUUUUGAGUGAAGGCUGGGCUACUCCCCUGAAAGGUUUUAUGCGGGAGAGGGAAUACUUGCAGGUUCUACACUUUGACACCCUGCUAGAUGGCAUGGUCCUUCCUGAUGGAGUGAUCAACAUGAGCAUUCCCAUCAUACUGCCUGUCUCCAUGGAUGAUAAAAAACGCCUGGAAGGGUGCAGCGAGUUUGCGCUGGUGUACGGUGGACAGAGGGUGGCUAUCUUACAAGAUCCUGAAUUCUAUGAACAUAGAAAAGAGGAACGUUGCUCUCGUGUGUGGGGGACAGCAUGUGAUAAACACCCCCAUAUCAAAAUGGUGAGGGAAAGUGGUGAUUGGCUGGUUGGUGGAGACCUUCAAGUGCUGGAGAAAAUAAGGUGGAAUGAUGGGCUGGACCAGUACCGCCUGACGCCUGUUGAACUCAAACAGAAAUGUAAAGAAAUGAAUGCUGAUGCGGUGUUUGCAUUCCAAUUGCGCAAUCCUGUCCACAAUGGCCAUGCUCUGUUGAUGCAGGACACCCGUCGCCGGCUCCUGGAGAGGGGCUACAAGCACCCGGUCCUCCUGCUACACCCUCUGGGUGGCUGGACCAAGGAUGAUGAUGUGCCCCUGGACUGGCGGAUGAAGCAGCAUGCAGCUGUGCUCGAGGAAGGGGUCCUAGAUCCCAAGUCAACCAUUGUUGCCAUCUUCCCAUCUCCCAUGUUAUAUGCCGGCCCCACAGAGGUCCAGUGGCACUGCAGGGCCCGGAUGAUUGCGGGGGUCAACUUCUACAUUGUGGGCCGGGACCCUGCAGGAAUGCCUCACCCUGAGAUGAAGAAGGACCUGUAUGAACCGACUCAUGGAGGCAAGGUCUUGAGCAUGGCGCCUGGCCUUACCUCUGUGGAAAUCAUUCCAUUCCGAGUGGCUGCCUACAACAAAGACAAAAAAGCCAUGGACUUCUAUGAUCCAGAAAGACACAACGAGUUUGACUUCAUCUCAGGAACUCGUAUGAGGAAGCUCGCCAGGGAAGGAGAAAAUCCCCCAGAUGGUUUCAUGGCCCCCAAAGCAUGGAAAGUCCUGAUAGAUUACUACAAGUCCCUGGAGAAGAACAACUGAAUGCCUUUGGCUCCAGAGUUUCUUUCUGAAGUGCUCUUUGCUUCUCUUUUCUAUUUUUGUGAUUAGAUAGAUGGCUUUGUAUCCAAUUGCUUCUCGGUGACUGAUUUUAAAGUUACUAUUUCAUAACUAGGUCAAAAUUGUGUUAUAAUUUAAAGUCAACUUAAAUAUCUGUUUUUUAAAAAAAGUCAAAUUGGAGACCAAAUCUUACCAGGUGGAAGAGAUUGUUAUACAUUUCAGAAUGAAAUUAGCUGUACUCUCUAUAGCAUCUGAGCAGGUGGGGCCCAGAUUUCUCAAAGCUUUGACCACCAUGUGUCUAAUUUACUUGCCAACAAAUAAAGCUUAUUUUCUAGCUUAAAUCUUGCCAACCUGCACUCCCCCAAGGGUAUAUACCAGUAGUAAAAUAAAUCAGAUGAGCAGCCUCUUCUGUCCAACUUAUCAGGAAAACAAAAAACAAACAAAAAAAAAAACACCAGGAUUUCUCACCCUGUAUGAGGUGUGGCUUGUGUCAAGAUUUUUGCUAAUGUUUUACCUCGUGCCUGUAUACAGCCUUAUUGCCCAAUCUCUUUGUUGAAGUAAGACCUGACUGUAGAAACCAAAUAUGUGAAAAUGUGAAUUUAAUCUCAGAGACCUAUGCAACCUAGUUCUGCCACGAAAGCUAUAUUGUCUAAUCAGAAGUUGUAAUGGCCUUUUGUGAGUGAUGUAACUUCAAUUAAAUGCCAACUUUACAGUAGAGUGCUGUGACGAAAGGAUUUACGCCCAGGGCUCAAUCUGGCAAUGUUGUGGAAAGUUAACUUUUUCCUUCUUUGCUGUGGCCAUUGUGCCAUACGGAGAGGCUGGGCUUAUCUGACUGCAGCAGGGUCAUCUGUAACCAAAAAACAAUUCACACCAUCAGAGACUCACCGGGUGCUGGAGCUGGAAAGGGUCUCAGAAAACACCAAGUCCAACCCUUUCAUUGUACAAGUGAACAAAGUGAGCCAGUCACAUGCACAUGCUCUGUGAGCUGCUGAGCACUGUAACACACACACAAAGUUGGCAUGAUUAGAAAGUAAUGGUGGCGCUGUCAGACUUGACUCGACGGCAAGUGGUUUUCAUGGUGGUGCUGAAUGAGCACAAAGAGAGUUGACUCCAGUCUGGUGCUGUCUACACACGCAACACAGGAGCUGGCCUGAUUCCCCUCAGCUGCGAAACAAAGCGCCUUGAACAAGGGCACUUAACAAAGCAGCCUUCUUAGAUACCGAAAAGUCCAGAGUUUUCUAAUCCCAGCGGAUUUUAUUACAGUUGGAAAAAAUACUUUUCCAAAAACUCAGGCUGUUGUGAGACACUCAACCUCUGACGGUUUUAUUCCGUGGGAGGCAAUCCUUUGUACUUUUUACAUAAUUCAUUGUUGCCAAGGAAUAUACGAAGAUACAGCACCUUUUACACAUAGGUCUUUUUGGAAGAGUCCUAAACUAGAAAGACAAAACUGUGAUUUUUUUUCACACUUUCAGUUGUUAAAAAUAAAAAUGCUAAUCUUAGUUACUGAAAGUUCUUUUGAGAAUAAAGUACAUACAAUGGCCACAGCAAAAUCUAUAUUUUAUACAAUCAUGCCUGUAUUCUUUUAAUCAGAGGCACUCACUAAUGCCUUUUUAAAUAAUAACGUAUUUAUUGAAAACAAGAAACUGGGUUUAGUGCCUUAACCAAUGUAUUCUGUGAUUUUUUAAAUACAUUUAAAACUGCUCUUCUGCUCUAGUGCCACAGUGCAAAUGACUAUUUCUGUGUAAACUGAUGCUUGUUCUUAUUUUAAUAAAUUUCUCAAAAUGAA